UAUGCGGAAAUAUCUUGAUCUUCAGAUGAAUGGUCAUGAUGCACGUCUGCAGCUAGAUACCGCCUCUGAUAUUACUGUUAUAUCAGAGAAACUUUGGAAUUAUAUUGGCAGACCACCUAUCAGAUAUACUUCCCAGACUUUUCUCAGCGCCUGUGGUGGGCGGCUCAAACUAAUUGGUGAACUCAAAUGUUCUGUUUCCUUCCGCAAUACCAAAUUCACAGGAAUUUGCUACGUCACCAAGAGUGAUUUAAAUCUUUUGGGACUUGAUUGGUUCGAUCGUUUGCAUCUGGCUGAUGUCCCACUAAAUUCUCUAUGCAAUGCAGUCAAGAAGCAUAAAAUGCCAGACAAUUCCGGACGAAGCCGAAGCCGCAAACCCAACACGCAGACGAAACGACAGACGUCAACAACAAGCCCAAAGGUUCCAGAUAAACCCCCAGGUAAACAUCCUACUAAUCAUCCAUCUUCUCAAAAGGGGAGGUGAUAUGUAUCCACAUAUAUAUAUUUAUGUGUGUGUGUAUGUUGGUCUCUCUUUCUGUUUGCUCGCUUAGUCUGUGACCAUUUCACUUGUAUGAACUUGUCUCCUUUAACAAUAUAUAUUCCAUUUAUAUUAUAUAUAAUAUGAGUGUUUGUUGACAGUCCGUUG